GAACGGGGCGGCCCGGCUCCGCGCCCCGCCCAGGGAAGGGAAGCGCAGCCUGACGGCCGCGGGUUCGUCCAGGUCCCCACUUCCGCCCGGAGCCUGCUGGGGCUGGAGCGGGUUCUGCGCAUGCGCGGGCGCCGCCGCAGCGGGCGGGCCCCGUCCCUCAAGGGCAGGCGGCGAUGGCGGCCGUGGCGGUGCUGAGGGGCGGCCUGCGCGGGGUCCUCCUGGCGCAGCAGCAGCGCUGGAGCUCGGGCUCGGGCGCCGACCAGCUCGGCGAGCUGGGCAAAGGCGCCGGGAAGGGCGGCGGAGGCGGCGGCGCCAUCCGGGAGGCCGGGGGCGCCUUCGGGAAGAAGCAGGCGGCUGAGGAGGAGCGGUACUUCAGGGAGAAGGAGAGGGAGCAGCUCUCGGCCCUGCGGAAACACCACGAGGAGGAGAUCGGCCACCACAAGAAGGAGAUCGAGCGGCUGCAGAAGGAGAUCGAGCGCCACAAGUCGAAGAUCAAGCAGCUCAAAGAUGACUAAGCCGACACUGCUCUUGAAUGUGCACGGUCAACGCUGAUUGUGGUGUUAAACAGACUGUAUGUUGGCCAAUAUAAUCCAAAUUCAUCCCAUUAUACUGUGGCCUGCAACAAUGUCGAAUAAACUACUCAGCCUGUC